AUGAAAGUGAAAUUAGCGGCCCAAGUAUUUAGUAGCAGUGUUGCGGAUGCUAUUGAUCAUUCUAAAAAUGUUGGAAUAAAAGAAUUUUCAAACAGUGAAUCAACCACAUUUUUCUGUAGGAGGAUAAAUAAUAUUUUUGAUUUUUUGAAUACGAGGAACUUUUUGGGGCAAACUGAACACAAAAAACCAAUUAAAUUAGACAAAGAGACUUUUGUGGAUGAGUUUAUCAAUACGGCAAUUGAAUACUUAAAAUCAUUGCAAACUAAAACUUCUCAGGACCACUUGGAAAUGUUUUUUUCAUUAAUUAGAACACGUGGAGGAUUUAAUAACAAUCCGACAGCCUCACAAUUCGAAGCAGCAUAUAAAAGAUUGAUUGUUCACACAGAAUUAAGUCAAAUAGCCACAAACUCUGGAACUAAUUGUGCAUCACAAGAUUCUACUUCAAUUUUACAUGUUCCAAGUACUAAUAAAGCAAAUAGCAUUUGUAAUAAUUAUGACAUCUUUAGUUUUGCUGAAAUAGAAAAUAAUAGCGAGUUGCUUAAUAAAUUUGAUAAUUUAUAUAAUGAUAAAUACAUUAAUGAUGUCAUUGAGUAUAUAGCCGGUGUUGUAACUAAAAAAGUUAUAAAAGUAAUUAAAUUCAGCGUUUGUGUUUUAGCAUUAAAGAUGGAUAUUCAACAUGAUGCAUCAUUAAUUAACAUAAAAAAUAGAGGGGCAUUAACAAAACYUAAUAAAUAUAUAGCUCAAAUAUGCAAAAUUGCAGAAUUUACUUUUAGAUCAUUCCAACAUAAAAUAGACUCUCAAAAAAACAUCAUUGAAUUUUUAACAAUAAAAUCAAUUUCUAGUAUUCAGAUAACAAAUUACUUUAACUGCCUAAAUGAACACAUCAAAAAACAAGAUCCCCUUAACCAUCAUACUUCACAAAUUGUAAGGUUAGCUUUAAAAUUUUAUAUGACAAUACGAUUACAUCAUUUAAAUAAAACAAAAAGCGAACCUGUAUCAAGAAUAAGGGCAGUAUUAACAAAAGCUAUUCAUUUCMGGCAUCAGUAA